AUCACGUCUUGUCCAAGAUGGCGGCCGCUAUGUUUCGGAGAGGAGUAGAGUUGAAGAGUUUUUUUCGCUCGUCAUGGUUCCACAGCUCGGCUGUUCUCCAGCAGUCUGGUCCUCCUCAACAGCGGUUCUUUGCCCCAGCUGAAGGCGUCAUGCUGCCCGCAGGCAGCUUCAAAGACCGGGUAGCCUUCAUCACAGGAGGGGGGACGGGUCUAGGCAAAGCCAUGACCACCACACUGUCCCAGCUGGGGGCUCAGUGUGUCAUCGCCAGCAGGAAGUUGGAUGUCCUUCAGCAAACAGCUGAUGAGAUCAGCACCCAGACAGGAAACAAGGUCCAUGCAGUUCAGUGUGAUGUCAGAGAUCCUCACGCUGUCGCCAACUGUGUUGACCAGAUGGAAACGCUGACGGGACUUCCUGAUGUGAUCAUCAACAAUGCAGCAGGAAACUUUGUUUGUCCAUCAGAGCGUCUGUCACCAAACGCCUGGAAGAGCAUCACCGACAUCGUCCUGAAUGGGACGGCAUUCAUCACUCUGGAGCUCGGCAAGAGGUUGAUCCAGCAGCAGAAAGGUGCCUCGUUCCUGGCCAUCACCACCAUCUACGCUGAGUCAGGUUCUGGUUUCGUGGUCCCUAGUGCAUCUGCAAAGGCUGGUGUCGAGGCUCUCUACAAGUCUCUUGCUGCUGAGUGGGGGCGCUAUGGACACCGGUUCAACAUAAUCCAGCCGGGACCAAUCAGAACCAAGGGAGCGUUCAGCCGUCUGGAUCCAACAGGAGUCUUUGAGAAGUCAAUGAUUGGUCGAAUCCCGACGGGUCGACUGGGUAAACCAGGGGAGAUUGCCAACCUAGCGGCGUACAUGAGCAGCGACUACGCUACCUGGAUGUCUGGAGCAGUAAUCCGCUUUGAUGGCGGUGAAUACGUGUCGAUGGCUGGAGAGUUCAACGAGCUGAAGAGGGUGACUCCUGAGCAGUGGAAGAUGAUGGAGGCCAUGAUCAGAGGUACUAAAGGAUCCUAAAAUGCCACCACAGCACCAUCAGACCAACUAGCCAAUCACAUCGCAGCCUUCAGGUGGACCUGCCAACCUGCUAAUGUUUCAUGACUGAUUAAAUCCAUAGAUACCUACAUGCAGGUGUCGCAUUAAGACUUCUGCACAUUUCCACACAGCCGCCAUCUUGGGGAGGGGUGCCACAGUGCGAGUCUCUGACAGCAGGCCUGUCACAGAUUGAAAUAUUCAGAACUCACUGAAAUGUAAAUCAGUUUCUUUAAGCCUUUGUUUUAUCACAAACCUCAGGUGUAAUCCUGAGUCAGAUAUGGUGUUGGCUCAAGAAAAUAUAGAAAUGAAAUAGAAACAAAUCAAGUAAAAAAAUAGGGAUACACCCUGGUGGUUAGACGCCUCCACAAGGAGUCGGUCACCACAGUGAAAAUACAGAGGUGGGUCCGUUCUGGGCUGUCUCCAGAGUAGAGAAGUAUAAGUGAGUCUGUUUUUUCUUGAGUGUAUUUAUCAAACAGCCUGUCUAAUAGACAGAAGAAUGUCUGUUCUAAUAACAAUGUUACUGUUUGUUCUACAGAGAUCAGUUUUCUAAAAAAAAAAAAAAGAAAAAUGUGGCUCUUAUUGCAGUGAGUUUUGAAUAUUUAAAUCCUGGAUGGACCUCCUGCUGUCAUAGACUUUAUGAUUAUGAGCCAUAGCUACCCCUCUCCAAGAUGGCGGCGUGUAGCCAUGUCUACUGUGAAUCAUAUCAGCCCAGGUGUUACCUACCUGUAUCCAUCUAUGGAUGAACCUAACAGAUAAUUGAUUACUUCCAGGUGAUACUGUCAGCCUAUUAAAAUGAAGCUUGCAGUCAUGUGACCCACUACACAUGCUCAGUGUGAACUCAAACAUGUUUUUGUUAUUUUGAUAAUAAAAGUCUAACCAUGA